CCGGAUCCUUCUGGGGUUUGGGAAAAAAAAAAAAAAAAAAAAAAACAUACAGCUGGCUCCUUGUGCCCAUUCAGCACAACAUUUAGAGCCAUGUCACCCUUGGUCUUGUGCUUUCCAAGCAGACUGAGAAUUAAGAGUUUACAUAAAGUAUUGCUCGUCUGUAAAGCUUUGCACAGCGGCACUAACAUCGGGAUUUGCGGCAGCCGAUCUUCGUUAUGGCCAAAAAGAACUCGAUUGUGGCGGCGGGAGUUUGGUGCUCUUGCAACUACAGGUAGAGUCGCAGAGGUCCCGGCGAUUUAUCACAGUACUACCACCCGGCACAGAACUGCUCCGCUGUGCACCAGUUCACACAGCGGUCGGGAUAUGACUAGUUCGCUAUGGGCGCUUUACAAUGAGACCAAAAAACAGACAGAAGAUGUAGUAUCGUCUGUUACAUGCAAUUUGCUGAAUCCAGAUGCCAUCUUUGCAAACAAUGAAAUGAGCCUUGAAGAUACAGAGAUCUACGGCUUUGACUAUGACUACACCUUGGCUUUCUACUCCAACCGCCUUCACACCUUGAUAUUCAACAUAGCACGAGACAUUCUUAUUGAAGAGCACAGGUACCCAGAAGGCCUUAGAGCUUAUGAAUAUAUCCCUGAUUUUGCAAUCCGGGGACUUCAUUAUGACGUACAAAAGGCUUUACUGAUGAAGAUUGAUGCCUUUCAUUACAUUCAGUUGGGAACUGUAUACAGGGGGCUGCACCCAGUUUCAGAUAAAGAAGUCAUUGCUAUGUAUGAAGGCUCACAUGUACCCCUGGAACAAAUGAGUGACUUUUAUGGCAAGAGUUCCCAUGGACACACAUUGAAACAGUACAUGGAUAUCUUCUCUUUACCAGAAAUGACCCUGCUCUCCUGUGUCAACGAUUACUUCAUGAAACACAACAUCGACUACGAACCUGUUCACCUCUACAAAGAUGUCAAGGAGGCCAUUGGGGACGUCCAUGUGAAGGGAAUAAUGUACCGAGCCGUGGAAGCAGAUAUUGAAAAGUAUAUCUGCUAUGGUGAGCAGACCCAUGCUGUGCUGAGGAAGCUAGCAGAAAACAAGAAGAAGAUGUUUCUCAUUACAAACAGCCCCUUUGAUUUUGUGGACCGAGGGAUGAACUACAUUGUAGGAAAGGACUGGAGAGACCUUUUCGAUGUUGUCAUAGUGUUGGCGGACAAGCCUGACUUUUUCAAUGACAAGCGCAAACCGUUUCGAAGAGUAAAUCACAAAGGGGUGCUGCUGUGGGACAGGAUUCAUCGAUUAGAAAAAGGACAGAUUUACAAACAGGGCAAUCUGUAUGAGUUCCUGAGGCUGACAGGCUGGAGAGGUUCCAAAGUGCUUUAUUUUGGAGAUCACAUCUACAGUGAUCUAGCAGACCUGACUCUGAAGCAUGGCUGGCGGACCGGGGCCAUUAUUCCCGAGCUCAGGUCAGAGAUCAAGAUCAUGAACACAGAGGAGUAUGUACACCUCAUGACCUGGCUGCAGGGACUCACUGGCCUGCUGGAGCGCAUGCAGGUGCACAGAGAUGAAGAAUCUCAAAUGGUUUUGAGGCAAUGGAUCCAGGAAAGAGAAGCCAUGAGAUUGAGGACGAAGAAUAUCUUUAACAGUCAGUUUGGGAGCCUCUUUAGGACGUACCACAACCCCACCUACUUCUCUCGCCGCCUCUCCAGAUUUGCCGAUAUAUACAUGGCAUCUCUCAGCUGCCUGCUCAACUAUGACCUGCACCACACCUUCUUCCCCCGGCGCAACCCCUUGCAGCACGAGGCUUCGGUCUGGUCCGACCAGGUGUGUGCCGGGACGUCUAACCCCCUCCUUACCGAAAUGGCUCAGAUCAAAUAAACAAUUUAAGUGACCUAGGAAGUGGCUUCAAGGGUUUUGAUGAAAUCUUUUAAAAUGAGAUUCUAUAAAUAGAUUUCAAGGGAAGCCCAGUUCUGUCUUUUAAGCACUUAAAAGUAAAUAAACAAUUUAAGGUUUUAAGUUGAUUAAAGAUUAAGAUCAGGAAUGAGCUUUAAUUGAUUAACACUGUAAAUAGAUUCAUUUGAUCUUAAAGUGUUGCAGAACACCCUGCAGUGUUUACAAGAAACACAUUGCUUUACCCUUGCAGUAUCUCAUGUUGUCCAGGUCACAGCAUGUAUUUAUUUAUUUCUUUUACAGAUUCCUGAUAGGUUUGAUAUUUUUUCAAUUAUUACUCUGUAACGUUUGUCUGGAGAAAGAGAAUUAGUCUUGCAAACAUCGGUGUAUUCAGUUUAUGCUCCCUUCUGCAAUAAUGCUGGUGCUCUGACUGAAAUGAGUGGCAUAUUGUGGGAACAAAAAAACAGCAUUGUUGCCGGAGGGAGCAUGAUCUGAAUACACUGGUCCUUAGAAGAGAUGUUAAGAAAUGUAUUGCUGACUUGAUUUUUUAACCUGAUGUGUGAUUACAAAUUUCAAGCUAAUGUGUUUCUUAUAAACUUUUCAAGGUAUUCUGUAACAUGUCUAUUAAAUAUAAUAAAGGAAAAUGCUACUAAAUAUAACAGUUUAAAAAUGAUGAACUGUUUUUUGAAAUCGCUGUCUGUUAGAGCUUAAAUUCAAUUUAAAAGUUUACUGUUACUCAAUAUCAUAACAUAUGAUGGCACCUUGAAGAUAUGGCAGAUAAAAAAGUAGGAAUAAUAGCUGUGGAGUUUAUAUGAAAUAAAUGGCCCAGCUAUACUUCCACUGCCAUCUUUAUACUGCUUUGCUGAUUUUGAUCUCUCUCAUAUUCUUGCUGCAGUUAGUAUUUUUUUUUUUUUAAUUAAGUGUAUUUUGUUGAUUAUGUAAAAAAUGUGUUUGUGUGAGUUGCUUUUGGCACAAGGAUACAAGAAGCAAUGUUACAUAUAAACAGAUUUUAAAUGUUUUCUUCGCUGUGGAGAUAUGUACUGUUUUAAGCUGAUCCAGUUUGCUGAACUCGUUUCUUGAGAGCUUUAUCCGAAGUGAUACGCACUUUGCCAAAAAACAUACAUUAUAAGAUACAGUUGCAGUGUUCAAAGUCUACUGUGGAACAUUUCUUGUCUUAUCACUAUUACUCUAGUUUUGUAGGGAUCUAUUUAUACAUUUGCACCAUAUUCUUUUAUGGAAGUCAGGCCAGUGUGUGUGUGUGUGUGUGUGUAUAAUAAUGGGCAACAAGAUUGUACUGCCAUGGGCCAGAGUUCUGGUGUUGAUGCUGAUACAACUGCCACGUGCAUAAAUAUACCAAAAGAAAAGUUUGUGUGUUUGUGGAUGACAAGACAGAAGUGCGAAUAGACUUUACCUGUAUUGAGUUUUGCACUAUUGUACUUCAUUGUAAGUGCAAAUAUCUGUAACUUUGUAUUGGUAAUCUUGAAAAAAAAAAAAGCUUAACAUUCAAGUAACUGAUGUAAAUAAAAGUGGACGCCUCA